AUGUUUGGAUCAAAUUGGGAAUCUGGUGAUUUCAGGUUGCAUAAAGUGAAAUUACGAGGUGGGUCAGAAAAGCAACAGGACUUCGUGUGCUUCUUCGAUGUGAGGGGCAUCGUCCGCGUAAAGUUCUUGCCACAGGGCCAGAUGAUCAAGCAGCAUGUCUACAAAGAGAUCCUGCCAUGUUUGCUUCGUUCAGUGUGCGAGAAGAGGCGAGAGUUGUGGCAGGACAACUCGUGGCUGCUUCACUAUGACAACGCACCGGCUCACAAUGCCCUGAGCAUCCGGCAGUUCCUUGCCGAGAAGAACAUCGCUGUGCUGGAGCAACCUCCCUACUCACCUGACCUUGUUCCAUGUGAUUUUUUCCUUUUCCCCAAGCUCAAGGGGGUCAUCAAGGGGCCCAAUUUUCCGGACAUGGAAACCAUCAAGAGGGCCGUGACGAUGGAGCUGCAGAGAAUCCCAGGAGAAUCCUUCCAGGAGUCCAGAAUGAAGAAAGCCAAGCUCGAUGGACCCCAAGAAAAGUUUAACACGUAUGUGAGUCUGAAGGUACAGAAUGUUAAGAGCACGACGAUCGCAGUGCGGGGAAACCAGCCGAGCUGGGAGCAGGACUUCAUGUUUGAGAUAAACCGGCUGGAUCUGGGUUUGACGGUAGAGGUGUGGAAUAAAGGUUUGAUCUGGGACACCAUGGUGGGCACCGUCUGGAUCCCGCUACAGAGCAUCCGUCAAUCCAAUGAAGAGGGUCCAGGGGAGUGGCUGACUCUGGACUCGCAGGUCAUCAUGGCCGAUAAUGAGAUCUGCGGCACCAAAGACCCAACGUUCCACCGGGUGCUGCUCGAUACACGCUUCGAACUGCCACUGGAUAUCCCUGAAGAGGAAGCUCGCUACUGGGCUAAGAAACUGGAACAGCUCAAUGCCAUGAGAGAUCAGGACUACUCAUACCAGGAGCAGCAGGAGAGGCCACUUCCUGUUCCCGGGAGUCAAUGCUGUAACUGGAAUUUGUGGGGAGACCAGCAGAACGAAGACCCAGAUAGCGCGGUGGAUGACCGGGACAGUGAUUAUCGCAGUGAGACAAGUAACAGCAUCCCACCACCAUUCUAUAGCACAUCACAGCCCAACGCCUCCGUCCACCAGUAUCCCAUGAGUCAGCAACAUCGCUCCAACCGAGCCACCUACACCCGCUCUAUCCACAGCUGUGACAUCAUCGACUACGACCACCAGAGAGCAAUCAGUCCGGCAGGAAGCUAUGCAUCAUCAGCAGAGUUGAGCCACUGCAGCUCACAGCUAAGUGAGGAAGAGUAUGGUGAGCGGGAGCUGUAUGAUGAGAACGACUCCUACCACUCAUGCCACUCGUCCGUCUCCUACAGCAAAGGCUCUCCCGACUGGGAACCAGAUGAGACAACAGGUGCCUACAGUGAUGAGGGUGCCUACAGCAAAGAUGGUGGUGAGGAAGGUGCCCUUUAUGAAGAUGGUGACCCAUAUCCUGAAGAUGCUGACUUGUAUGAGGGUGAAGAGGAGGACUUCAACUAUAAUGAUGAAGAUCUGUACCCUGUGGAUGAGGCUCUCAGUGAAGAUCAGGAACCUCCAUACACCCCAACCCCUACCAGCACUGCACCCAAAUUGGCUGUGCCAUCAACCUCCAGGCCACCACUGGAGAAACAGGCAUCUCUGCAUCAGCAACUACCAACACAACAAAUGUCACAGGGCCAGAAUACAAACCAGAUGGCUAGUCCAGCUCCUACACAACCAACAAAUCAAGUUCCUACCCAACCACUACCAACCAAUCAGGCUCCAAACAAACCCAAUCAAACACAGCAGCAGGCCAGGCCACCUCUCCAGCAACAGCAUUCCACAGGUCCCAUCCCAUCUGUACAGUCCUUCUUUGCUAUGGCUAAACCUCUAACUGCUGUUUUUGGUUUGGGUGGAUCGAUGUCAAUGUCCUCACAGCCUCCUGCACCAACACCCCAACAGCAAAAACCACAACCACAACCACAACCUGCAAUGCCUCAGCCCCAAGCUACACCAGUCCAGCCUCCUGUUUCUGGAGUUCAGCAAGCAUCUCCAACCACAGCCAAACCAACAGAAUCCCCAACCCAGCCACCCACAACUACUGCUCAACCUUUAUCUCCUGUAGCCAAGCCAACCACACCAACAGAGGAAACACAGGUCAUUGAGGAACCACCAGUGCAAGAGCAACCACCUCCAAAGGAUGAGGAGAUUCCUGUAGAAGGGUCUCCUCUGGAGGAAAAAGAGCAAGAGGUCACGCCUCCAACACCACCUCCACCAGAGGAGAAGGAGCCAGAGCCUGAACCAGAUAGAGAGCCAGAAGUUGAGGAGGUGAAGGAGCCCGUAGACCCAGCUGUACGAGCUAAAGAGAACUGGCUACGCCUCUUCAACAAGGUCCGACAGCAGUUACAGGAGGAACGGGGAGAAACAGAUUCUCAGUCUCUUUGGUUUGGAAAAGGAGGAAUGGGAGGAGCUUUGUACAGCAUAGACAGCAUGCCUGACCUACGCAAGAGGAAAGCCAUCCCAUUAGUCCGGGACCUGGCUAUGUCUUUGGUUCAGAACUCUCGUAAAGCCGGAAUCACAUCAGCUAUGGCUUGCAGCACUCUCAACAAUGAGGAACUGAAGAGUCACGUGUAUAAGAAGACCCUGCAGGCUCUGAUCUAUCCCAUUUCCUGCACAACCCCCCACAACUUUGAGGUGUGGACAGCCACUACACCCACCUACUGUUACGAGUGUGAGGGGCUGCUAUGGGGUAUCGCCCGGCAGGGCAUGCGCUGCACCGAAUGCGGGGUCAAAUGCCAUGAAAAGUGCCAGGACCUGCUUAAUGCCGACUGCCUACAGAGAGCUGCUGAGAAGAGCUCGAAGCACGGUGCAGAGGACCGCACUCAGAACAUCAUCAUGGUCCUGAAGGACCGCAUGAAGAUCCGCGAACGCAACAAACCUGAGAUCUUCGAGCUCAUCCAGGAGGUGUUUGGUGUGGUCAAGACAACCCAUGGCACCCAGAUGAAGCAGAUCAAGCAGAGCGUUCUCGAUGGGACGUCCAAAUGGUCGGCCAAGAUCAGCAUCACAGUGGUCUGUGCUCAAGGACUGCAGGCCAAGGAUAAAACAGGCUCCAGUGAUCCCUACGUCACCGUCCAGGUGGGCAAGACCAAGAAAAGGACCAAGACCAUCUAUGGCAACCUCAAUCCUGUCUGGGAUGAGAGUUUCCACUUCGAGUGCCACAACUCAUCCGAUCGUAUAAAGGUGCGAGUGUGGGACGAAGACGAUGACAUUAAAUCUCGCGUGAAACAGAGGUUCAAACGAGAGUCUGAUGACUUCUUGGGCCAGACCAUCAUCGAAGUCCGGACUCUCAGCGGAGAAAUGGAUGUGUGGUACAACUUGGACAAGCGCACGGAUAAAUCGGCCGUGUCUGGAGCCAUCCGCAUGCACAUCAGUGUGGAAAUCAAAGGAGAGGAGACAGUGGCUCCAUACCAUGUCCAGUACACCUGCCUACAUGAGCACUUGUUCCACUUCACCACUGAAGAGCAGAAUGGCGGCGUGGUGAAGAUCCCCGACGCUAAAGGAGACGACGCCUGGAAAGUCUAUUUUGAGGAGACAGCACAGGAGAUCGUGGACGAGUUUGCUAUGAGAUACGGAGUGGAGUCCAUCUACCAAGCCAUGACGCACUUUGCAUGUUUGUCAUCUAAAUACAUGUGUCCUGGUGUGCCAGCUGUGAUGAGCACCUUACUGGCCAACAUCAACGCUUACUACGCCCACACCACACAGUCCUCCAACAACGUCUCCGCCUCAGACCGCUUCGCCGCCUCCAACUUUGGGAAAGAGAGGUUUGUGAAGCUUCUGGACCAACUCCAUAACUCUCUGAGAAUAGACCUCUCUAUGUACAGGAAUAAUUUCCCUGCUAGCAGUCCUGAGCGGCUGCAGGAUCUGAAGUCUACUGUGGAUCUACUCACGAGCAUCACCUUCUUCAGGAUGAAGGUCCAGGAGCUGCAGAGUCCUCCUCGAGCCAGUCAGGUGGUUAAGGACUGUGUGAAGGCCUGUCUGAACUCUACAUAUGAAUACAUCUUCAACAACUGCCAUGAGCUGUACAGUCGGGAAUAUCAGACAGAUCCGUCUAAGAGUGUUCCUCCAGAGGAGCAGGGCCCCAGCAUCAAGAACCUGGACUUCUGGUCCAAACUCAUCACCCUUAUAGUUUCCAUUAUAGAGGAGGACAAGAACUCCUACACACCCUGCCUCAACCAGUUUCCUCAGGAGCUGAACGUUGGGAAGAUCAGCGCUGAGGUCAUGUGGAACAUGUUCGCUCAGGAUAUGAAGUACGCCAUGGAGGAGCACGAGAAGCACCGGCUGUGUAAGAGCGCAGAUUAUAUGAACCUUCACUUCAAAGUCAAGUGGCUCUACAAUGAGUACUGCAAAGAGCUGCCAUGCUUUAAAGACCGUGUGCCCGAGUACCCUGCGUGGUUUGAACCAUUUGUGAUCCUUUGGUUGGAUGAGAAUGAGGAAGUGUCCAAGGACUUCCUGAAUGGUGCCCUGGUGAGGGAUGCAAAGGACGGGUUCCAGCAGACGUCAGAGCAUGCCCUGUUCUCCUGCUCGGUGGUUGACGUUUUUUCUCAGCUCAAUCAGAGCUUUGAGAUUAUCCGGAAGCUGGAGUGUCCUGACCCUCAGAUUGUUGGCAACUAUAUGAAGAGAUUCGCCAAGACUAUUGGGACUGUACUUCUGUCUUACGCUGACAUCAUUGCCAAGGAUUUUCCCAGCCACUGCAAUAAGGAGAAAGUGCCUUGCAUCAUCAUUAAUAACAUCCAGCAGCUCCGGGUGCAGUUGGAGAAGAUGUUUGAGGCCAUGGGAGGCAGAGACCUGAACGUGGAGGCCAGUGACUUCCUGAAAGAGCUGCAGGUCAAACUGAACAACGUGAUGGACGACCUGAGCAGGAUCUUUGCGGUCAGUUUCCAGCCUCACAUCGAGCAGAGUGUGAAACAGAUGGGUGACAUCCUGAGCCAGGUAAAAGGGGCUAACGUUCCUGCUAAUGGAAAUGGGAGCCUCGCACAGGACGCCGACAACGUGCUUCAGCCCAUCAUGGACUUCCUGGACAGCAAUUUGACAUUAUUUGCAAAGAUCUGUGAGAAGACAGUGCUGAAGCGGGUCCUCAAGGAGCUAUGGAAGUUGGUCAUGAAUACCAUGGAGAAAACCAUCGUUCUUCCCCCACUUACUGACCAAACAGGCACACAGCUGAUCUUCAGCGCUGCUAAAGAGUUGGGUCAGCUCUCCAAGCUAAAGGAGCACAUGGUGCGUGAAGAAGCCAAGGCACUCACCCCUAAACAGUGUGCAGUUAUUGAGCUGGCACUGGACACCAUAAAGCAAUACUUCCAUGCUGGUGGUGUGGGGCUGAAGAAGACAUUUUUGGAGAAAAGCCCGGAUCUGCAGUCUCUGCGUUACGCUCUGUCACUCUACACACAAGCCACAGACAAACUCAUCCGCAAAUUCGUCCAGUCACAGCACAAUCAGGUUCAUGGAGGUAAAGGGGUGAGAUGCACUCCUAGUGAGGAUGUGUACCCAGAGAAGGCCUCAGGUGUGGAUGACGCUGUGGGAGAGGUAUGCAUGACCGUGGAGAUCCUCACCGAUCCCAACACCGGAGGACACAAAAUCAAUGUUAAAGUGGUGGCAGCCAAUGACCUGCGCUGGCAGACUCAGGGCAUAUUCCGGCCCUUUGUAGAGGUCUACAUCAUCGGACCGCACCUCAGCGACAAGAAGAGGAAGUUUGCUACCAAGUCCAAGAACAACAGCUGGUCCCCGAAAUUUGCAGAGUCCUUCCAGUUUGUCCUGGGCAGCGAGCUGGGCCCCGAGGGCUAUGAGCUGCAGGUGUGUGUGAAGGACUACUGCUUUGCCCGAGAGGACCGUACAGUUGGCAUGACCGUGCUGCAGCUAAAAGACCUGGUAUCGCGAGGCGGUGGAGCCUUCUGGUUACCCCUGGGCAAACGUGUGCACAUGGACGAGACGGGCCUUACCGUGCUGCGAAUCCUCUCACAGCGCAACAACGAUGAUGUGGCCAAAGAGUUCGUCAAGCUCAAAUCGGACCAACGCUCAGCCGAAGAGGGCCGUGGGAGUUAAGAGACUGGAGAUCACACUGUACACAUGCACAAAAAAUGGAAAGAUGCACACAUACGUACACACACAUAAACAUGAACCAAGUGAACAGGAAACAGUCAGGUCAGUAAACACUGACUUGUAUAGAGACUAAUGUGAG